GCUUGAUCCUUCUUCUGUACCGUGAACCUAAAGAAACACUCAUUAGACCCCGACUGAUCCCCUCUUUGACCUUUAGAAAUAGUUGACGUGAGAAGCGAAAGUGCCUUACAAUACCGACCAGGGAGAACAAGAAGGCAAAAGACUAACUUAGAACAAUAUUACAACACAUGGAAUAGUGAUCCGUUAAAGAGGCGCAAACAACAACCCCCAAAGAGCAUCAUCAUGGAGGAGGUGGUUCGGUCCCUGGCGCAAUUAUCCCUCUCCAGCGAGCCCAAGAAGGAGCUGCAGCACCUCAAGAUAACCCUCACAGCCCUAGGAGGUGCCAGGGAUGUGCUGCUGCCGAGGGAGAUUGACCUCAAGUCCCUCUUCGAUGCCUUCAACACCUCGGACCAAGAGCAGUUGGAGCUGGCAGUGCAGGUGAUGGGCCAGCUGCUGCCGCGCCUCAGCCCCGUGGAGGCCGUGGAGAGGUUCCGCGGGGAGCUGCUGCGCGGCCUACAACACCCCGAUGAGGAUGUGCGUCGGCUAGUGCUCAAACAGGUCCUACGACUAGUGGAGGCAGACAGCGACGCAGGAAUCAACAUCUUCACUAGCGAUGUUGAGAUGCACCAGACCGUCCUGCGCUGCGUCGGGGACAAGUCGCUCGGCGUGGUGAAGAUAGCCAGCAGCGUCAUCGUCAGGGCAUGUCGGCACCAGGCUGGGCUUGGGGCCAUCUUCUCCCCCUCGUCUUUGUCCGUCCUACAGGAGAUGGUGGCGAUAAUGGAGUCCACGAUGAGAUUUAAUGUGUAUGAGCUUGUUGUGGAAGUCAGCUUACUCGGUCCUGCCGCCCUCAAUGCUGCCGUGUCCUCUGGCCUGGUGGAUCGCCUGCUGUCGGAGGUGACCACUGGGGACGGCCUGACCCAGCUGACGGCACUGCAGCUGCUGACGCCACUUGCCCUGAGCCCCGGCGGAAGGGCGCUGCUGGACGAGAAGGGCGUCACUAGCAAGCUCAUGUACCUCCUCUCACUGGCACAGAGCGACCCCAUUGCCAGGCUGCUGACUCAUGGUCUUCUCGAGUUCCUGGGCAACAUCGGACAGGCGCGGCCACGGCAGACCCUGGAGGAGCACGGCGCGGUGACCCUAAUGGUGUUACAGCUGGCGUCUGGGCAUCUGGACCUAGGCGGGGACCCCUCGCUGCAAGCCUCCGCCCUGCGCGCCCUGGCUCACAUCGGCACCACGGUGGAGGGCAAGAUGGUGUUGGCAAAGUGCAAGCAUGAGAUGGACCAGGUGUUGGAGACGUUGGGGACGGAGGCGGUGCAAGGCCCAAGUAACCUCAAGGUCGUCUGUAUUGAGGUGUUGACGCAGCUCUUCCACUUGGAGCCACAGGAGCUCAAGGAGGACAUAGUAUCAGUCUUGGAGCUGUGGUGGGCCAACACUCUCGGCGUCAGUGAAGUGGUCAAGCUGGCCCGCAUGCCCUUCCCUGACCUCCACUGUGCGGCCCUCGGACUCCUCACCACCCUCGCCACCCUGCCAUGGGGUCAGCGCCUCAUCGUAGGGGAGCCAGGGCUGGUGGAGUACAUCCUGGACCGCACCACCGAGUCAGACAAGCAGGGGAUGGAGGCAAAGUGGACUCUCGUGGAGGCUAUCAUCAAGUCGCCCUCCGCCCUCGAGACCUUCUCCGAGGACCAGCUGAGCCGCCUUGAGAAGUACUUCCGCCAGGGCCCCUUCUAUGCCGAGGCUACUGUGGAGGUGGCACUUGGGGAGGGGCAGGAGUGAAGGGUGGAGGAGUGUGGGUGGAUAGGUGGAUGGGUGUGUUUUUCUCCUUUUCUUUUCUUUUUUUCCUCUUGAUUUCUUGUUUUUGUAAUUUCAUGGAUUUUUUUUCAUUUUUACUUAUUAUUAUAAUUUUUUCCUGCUUUUCCGCUUUUGUUUUUCUUUUCUUUUGUUUUCUUGUUUUUGUAAUUUCACUGAUUUUUUUUCAUUUUUACUUUUUAUUAUUAUUUUUUCCUGCUUUUCUGCUUUUGUUUUUCUUUUCUUUUGUUUUCUUGUUUCUGUAAUUUAAUGGAUUUUUUUCAUUUUUACUUUUCUUUAUUAUUUUUUUUCCUGCUUUUGUUUUUCUUU